GUUACAGAUACAUAUCCCCCAUCACAAUGCGUACGCGCAUGGCCGAGCUGUUCAACGACGAGAGCUGUAUUCGGUGGUGGCUCCCGAACGACGAAGGCUUUACGCCCUUGCUGCAGAACAUCCGGGCCAUCGCGGACGAGCGAAACGCCAUGGCGUUAUCGACUCAGAGGGAGAGUCUGCAGCAAAUUCAACAAAACUUUGCAAGGAUGCAGGUGGGGGAAGAGCACACCAAGGGCGACGACGGCGCGCAGACGAGUGCGGAGACGAAACCCUCGGUUUCCUGAACAAGGGGGGACAUUAUACCCAACGAGGGCCAGGGCACAGUUUCCGGUUCGGGGUCGGUCGGCUAAUGCGAACGACGAUGACGACGACGAGGGGAAGAGAGGGCAACAUAUUCCGGAUUUCUGAAGGGCUCCGGGCCCUUCCGAUUCGAACACCCUAUUCGAUCGCUUCGUGUCAUCCGGGGCGUAUUACGAAACGGAACGACGACGACCGAUGGGAAGGCACAAGGGCGGAACUCCGGCCUCGUGGAACGUCGACCGGAUUAGCGGUAACGGCAUGAGUUGACAUUGCGAGUUCCAGGCGGCUCAUGAUGCUGCUCCUCCUGGCGCGAGCCCAGUCCCCUGGACAAUUUCCUGAGACCCGAUAAUGCGGUCCUGCGACGCUAGAACCUCGAUGCUAAUGCAGGGGCGGACGCUUGGAUCACCCUCGAUCCGUUUUAGAUGAUCUGAAACACACCUUCGGGCCCCCCGGGGGG